CGUUCGCCUGGUAUACAAAUUACCUCUAGCUUUAUUCUGUUGUAUUCUUUCAAGGAAUUAUCUAAGCUUCUUUCGGGAAACUCGAUUUCAUGGCUAUACGUCUGAGUUCUUGUUCUCCAUCUUCUUCCACAAGCUAUUUAGCACCUUAUUCCUUCCAUCAUGAGACCUCAGCCACCAGAUUGUGUUUCUCCUGCGAUUCUAUGGAUCAUGGGAGCACCAAUCAAAGCAGGCGAUUUGCGCUCAAAGCAUCAAAUGUGCAGCCACUUAAUGCUGUUUCUCUACAGCCUGGGACAAUAGUGCAUACUCCGGCUGCAGAACAUGUUGAGAUUCCAGCUACAGAAGGGUGUAUUCCCUUCUUUGGCACCAAUAAAGAAGAAUUUACUCUCAGUAUCAUUGUUGUUGGAGCUUCAGGGGAACUUGCCCGGAAGAAGAUCUUCCCUGCACUAUUUGCUCUUUUCUACGAAGAGCGUUUGCCCCUGAAUUUCACAAUUAUGGGCUAUGCCCGGACUAUAAUGACUAAUGAGGAACUGAGGAAUAUAAUAAGCACAACCUUGACUUGUAGAAUUCACAAGAGGGAAAAUUGUGACGAAAAAAUUGAUCAGUUCUUGACAAGAUGCUUUUACCAUUCCGGUCAAUAUAGUUCAGAGGAACACUUCUUCGAAUUGGACACAAAGCUGAAAGAGAAAGAGGAUGGAAGACAAUCAAAUAGAUUGUUCUACUUGGCAGUUCCACCAAAAAUGUUUGUGGAUGUUGUGAGGUGUGCUAGACGGCGAGCUUCUUCUGAAAAUGGCUGGACUCGAGUCAUUGUUGAGAAGCCAUUUGGUGGAGACUUGGAGUCAUCCAGAGAGCUUACUAGAUACCUAAAGCAAUAUCUAUCUGAGGACCAAAUAUUCAGAAUUGAUCAUCAUUUAGGUGAGGAGCUUGUGGAGAAUCUCUUGGUACUUCGGUUCUCAAACCUGGUUUUCGGGCCUUUAUGGUCAAGGAACUACAUCCGCAAUGUUCAAUUUAUCUUUUCUGAAGAUUCCGGAACAGAGGGAAGAGGCAGAUACUUCGAUAAUUACGGAAUCAUCCGGGAUAUUAUGCAAAAUCAUCUCCUGCAAAUACUAGCACUAUUUGCAAUGGAAACACCUGUCAGCUUAGAUGCUGAGGACAUCAGGAAUGAAAAGGUAAAGGUUCUACGUUCAAUGAAACCAGUGAAGCUUGAAGAUGUAGUUGUAGGUCAAUACAAGGGCUAUACAGAUGACCCAUCAGUUUCGGCUGAUAGCCUCACACCAACAUUUGCAGCUGCAACUCUCUUUGUUAACAAUGCUAGAUGGGAUGGAGUUCCUUUCUUUAUGACAGCAGGAAAGGCCCUUCAAUCAAAAAGAGCAGAAAUAAGAGUACAGUUCAGACAUGUUCCGGGGAACUUGUAUAAUCAGAAGUUUGGAACUGACUUAGGGCAGGCCACAAACGAACUUGUGAUUCGAUUACAACCUGAUGAAGCAAUAUAUCUGAGGAUCAAUAACAAGGUUCCUGGUCUUGGCAUGAGAUUGGAUCGCAGUGACCUUAAUUUGCUCUUUAAAGCAAGGUAUCCAAGAGAAAGUCCAGAUGCAUAUGAAAGACUGAUACUGGAUGCCAUAGAAGGAGAGCGACGAUCGUUCAUUAGAAGCGAUGAGGUUGAUGCAGGCUGGGAAGUAUUUACUCCAUUGUUGAAAGAAAUAGAGAAAAAGAAGGUUGCUCCUGAACUUUACACAUAUGGUAGCAGUGGCCCAGUUGGAGUGCAUUAUCUCGCAGCCAAGCAUAAUAUUCGGUAUCAAGAUUAUUGUUGAUGAUUUAUUAUGACUUAAAUUGGGAAACUGUUUUAAACAGAAGUAUGUAUUCAAAUAAUGAAACUGAAAUGUGCAUUUACAAUA